ACGCGGCGCGCGCCGGCGCGGCCAGGCCGGGGCCUAACGGUUUCCCAACGGCUCCCGGGCCCGGUUGCAGCCGCCGGGCCGCCGCCCGCGACAUGAGCAGCACCUUGGCGGCGGUGGCGGAGGAGCUGCUCAGGGAGAUCCGGAAGGCCUUCGAGGAGACCUCGCACGUUCCUGAUGACUUGCUCCUGGGAUUGAAGUUCAUAUUUGGCCCAUCUACUGUCCCAGCUUUGGAUUUGGUGGAUCAGCGUUCUGUCACACGAGUUGUGUCCCCUAGUGGGAGGACCGCAUACCAGGUCCUUGGGAGCUCAGGCAAACUCUAUACCUGCUAUAGUUCCUGCCACUUCUGCACAUGUCCUGCUUUUGGUUUCACUGUCCUGCAGAAGAGCGAGAGCCUUCUGUGCAAACAUAUACUUGCCGUCUACCUCAGCCAAGCCAUGGGAGCAUGCCAGGAACUAACUGUCUCUGAGGAGCAGCUCACUAGCAUCUUACUGGCCGAGGAAGAGGAAGAAGGAUGAAGGAUUUGGAUGAUAUGCAGACACGCUGCAGAUUCUUCCCAGCAACUCUCCAUAUAGUGGAUCGAUUGCAGAUAAUGGUGGCUGUGAAAUGUUUCCUCACUGACUGUUCAGACUGACAACAGGCUGAUGAGUGCUGCUCUGACUGCAAAAAGGAUUUGUGCAAAAACCUGGUCACUGAGCUACAGGCCAGAAGAGGCCAAAGUGAAACGGAGGAUAAUUUGGUGUGCAAAAAUUUUUCACUAAUUGCCUUAAUAAACUUGUUUGGUGGGACA